GGGCGGAGUUUCCUUAACUUAAGUGUUUACUAAGGAAAAUCUUAACUUAAGUAGCUUUAUGCAUACGGGCCCAUGAGCCGCACUGAUUGUGCAUGGGUAUCGUUUUUAGGCAUUAUGGUAAUUAUCAAUACAUUUGUAGUGCUUUAUCCCAGGCAUUCACCUUUGUCCAGGUACUGAACUUUAUUUGACCUCUUGGAAAACUUCGGGGAAAGUUAAUUGAUAUUUAACGAACCUAUAAAUAUUUCAUACAAAAUAAAAUUUCCAUUCGAAAAUUAUAAAUUCCCUUAAGCAAGCAAAGUAAAACAAGGUACAAUUUGAACCAAACACUAUAUAUACUAGUCAACAAAAGAAACGAUACACGACUUUGAAAUAAAAUUGAUCAAAAAGUAUUAAAUAUAAAAAAAAAUGAGAUACACUAUUUUAAAAAGCUUUCAUUUGCAAUGUAUUCACAUGUGAUAAUGAAAAUCAAAACUUGUCGGAAAGCAUAUAAAUUCAGUGUAAACGAUCGUAGGGUGCAAAUUAGUUUUGCGGAAAGUUGAAUAAAAAAUCGACACAUAAUUUUCUAAGUUCUAAAUAAAAUUUCAGAUUUGUUUAAAAAUAUUCAAUAUGCUAAUCAAGUAAUGUUCAUGUUGUAAGUAAUGGGUUGAAAUAUUGUUUUUUUUCAAAUUUUGUGAAAAAAAGUGUUUUUUGAAAUCUCAAAAAAUGCAAAAUAAAAAAAAAUAUUUUCGUCUCAAAUCAAUGCUUUAGAUAUAAAAACAACACACAGUAAAUUUAGAACCUUUCGCAUUAGUUUUAAGAUUGUUACCGCUUUUUGAAUAUCACUUAACACAUACUGUCUAUGGUAAAUCAGUUGAUAAUGUAUACAUUUUAACGAUUUCUCGUGGGGACAAACUUUGCAUAACAAAUAAACGAAGAAACUGUAUGAUUUUUUAAAACAACUUGAUGGCAAACACUGUCUUUACCUUUAAAUAAGAGGUUGGCAUCAUUAUUUGGAACUUCUUUUUUUUUAAAUUGUCGUUUUAUGUAAAUUUUGUAAAAAACAAAAAAAUCGCGAAAAUAACGUCACGAAAGGAAAAACAAUUUUUUUUUUUAACGGAUUUAUAUUUCCAUAAUUAUUAAGUAUUACUACCUUCAAUAUUGGUCCAUUGAAUGGAAAACUUUAUCUUUAAUUUGAAAAAAAAGUCUUGUAUCGUUUCUUUUGUUGACCAGUAUAUAUAAAAUAAACAUGAUGUCUCUCCUAACAGUUUUAAAUGUGUAAUUAACUUCAAAUAAAAUGUUACUUUCAUCCAAUACUCCCGAAGACAAAAACCAUCAUGAAUGAAUAAGAGAUGACACAUUUAGAUUUUAAGUUUAGAUAAAUCCACCAUGCGAAGCAAACUUUACUUCAACUAUUAAAAAAAGCCACAUGAUUUGUCUAUAUUAGAAGUGAAACGGAAAAGUUUAUACUCUAUUUGAGAAAUGCACUUAUCAAACUAACAAAAAUGAAUACGGAUGGUCUAUUAAUCAGUGUUAGAAAAGUAAUUAAAUAUGUAUUGGCACCAAUGAACGAUGCUAAUUUUUGGAAAUAAUUUGCUAAUUGUGAUUUUAUUCUUCAAAACAAGUGAUUGUGCUUUUUUGCAGGAUUCAGACAACUGUAUGUGUUCCGAGUGGUCCGAGUGGACAGAAUACACAUCAUGCUCUGCUCACUGUGGGGGUGGUAUAAAAUCAAGGAAUCGAGUCAGAAAAUGUGACGAUGACGAUACAGAUACAAUACAAGCCACCAUGUGUAUUAGAAAGUCUACACAAUAUCAAGUCUGUAAUACCCAAGAAUGUGGAUGUGAGAAAAUUUGUUCUUCUUGGAGUGAUUGGAAUGAAGGAAAAUGUACACUUAUGUGUGGCGGAGGUACACUAACUGCGACAAGAACCAGACAAUGUCACGGGUCAAUUGGUUGUAUUGAAAAAGACCAAGCGAGUAAACCAUGUAAUACACAGCCAUGUGUUGGCUGCUCAUGUGAUCUAUGGUCGCAAUGGUCUGAUUUUGGUCUAUGUUCGUCAAUUUGUGGGAAUGGUGAACAAAAACGAAACAGGACGAGAGAAUGUGCGCCAAAACUUCAGUGUUUAGGAGCUUCAAUAGAAUAUGCAUCAUCUCAUUGUAAUCUUGGUGUCUGUUGUAAUGAUGCAUGUACACCAUGGUCGCCUUGGAGAGGACUGGCUUGUUCCGCCAAAUGCGACUAUGGUACAGCAAAACAAAGACGGACGCGGAUUUGUGCUCUUCCGUCUUGUAAUGAUACAGAAGACAGCAUAGGCGAAUGUAAAACGCGUACAUGUACAGGAACUUGUGAUUCAACAUGUACACAAUGGGGAACAUGGACAUGGUUCCCUUGUUCGAAGUCUUGCAAUGGUGGAACCAGGAUUCGACAACGAACUAGAACAUGUACAUUUCCAGACUGUCUCGAAGAAGAUAUUCAUUCCGCAACAUGUAAUAAUUUCAAAUGUAUCGCAUGUAACGAUACUGUUGCGUGUUCUGUUUGGAGUAACUGGAAAGACGGUGAUUGCUCGGAGUCAUGUGAUGUGGGAAAACAAAUCCGAACUAGAAAUCGAACAUGUAUUAUACCAGAAUGUAAGACGGAAGAUGCAUAUGAGGAAAUAUGCAAACUAAAAACGUGUGAAGACACCUGCGACUCGACAUGCAGUGCUUGGUCAGACUGGUAUCAGGGCCGAUGUAGCCAAACAUGUGACGAGGGCUCAUUAUUACAACAUAGAAAUAGGACAUGCAUCCAUGAUGAUUGUCAAAGCAUGGAGAAAAAAUCCUUGCCAUGUUUAAACCAAAAGCCUUGUCCAGCAACUUGCAACAAGUAUUGUUCUCUGUGGACUGGAUGGAAGAGUUUCGACUGUUCUGUCAUGUGUGGUGGUGGAACAUUGAUCUGGACGAGAGUUAGACAAUGUGAUCAUGCUGAAUGUCAGCCGUUAGAAACUACAACAUCUCUUUGUAAUACACAAAGCUGUGACGAAAAAUGUGAUUUAAUAUGUUCGAAAUGGUCUGCAUGGUCAUUGAUGGGCGAAUGUUCAGCUUCUUGUGGUGUGGGUACUCAGGCUAAAUCAAGGAAGAGACUUUGUUCUCAGGAUGAUUGUGAUGUUGCUGAUCAGCAAUUAGACAGUUGUAUGUUAAGUUCCUGUCUAGAUCAGUGUACAGAUGAAUGCUCAGCAUGGUCAGACUGGGGUGAUGGAAUCUGUUCAGUUACCUGUGGUAAUGGUACCAAAGUCUCGACGAGAAAUCGGACAUGUAAUCUGUCUAUAUGUACAACUGAAGAAUCGAAAGCGGAAAAUUGUACAGAACUGCAAUGCCCAGAACACAUCGAUUGUGAUGUUACUUGUGAUACCUGGAGUGAUUGGAUUGAAAGUUCGUGUUCAACGUCAUGUGAUUACGGAAUUGUGAUAAAAAAUAGAACGAGAGCAUGCAACGCCUACAAGGACACGUGUCCUGGUGCUGAAAUCAUGUCGGAACGAUGCCGGAACACAAUAUGUCCAGAAACUUGUGAUAUAAUUUGUACUUCGUGGUCUGGAUGGUACGACGAAGAAUGCUCAGCUUCAUGUGACAUUGGCUCAACACAUAGAGUAAGGACAAGACAAUGUCCAGAGAGCGAAUGCAAGAUAUCAAAUGUUAUUAUGGUCCCGUGUCAGAAAAUGUCAUGCAGUGAUAUCAUUCAGGAUGAUCAAGAACAUCAACAUGUAACCACCAGCUCAAAUCCAUGUCAGCAAGGGACCGCUCUUUAUAUAGUACAUCCAUCAGACUGUUCCAAGUUCAUUCAGUGUUCCAAUGGACUUAACUUUGAAAUGCAGUGUCCACAAACGACAGGCUGGAAUCCACUAUUAAAUGCAUGUGAUCAUAAACGUAAUAUACCCGGAUGCAGUUAAUGU